CAAUGACUGGCUGUGAAGCACAUGCUCUCCUCCAAUCACUUAACCUGAAACACAGUUGCGGGUGCCGGGUCUUUGAGGAAGCCUCUUCCACCUCACCGCAACGUGUAUUUUCUGAAGGCGAAGACGCGACUCACUGUGUGCAAUGGGUCGCCGCAAGUCAAAGAGAAAGCCCCCUCCGAAGAAGAAGCUGACGGGAGAUCUGGACUCUCAGUUCACCUGUCCGUUCUGCAAUCACGAGAAGUCAUGUGACGUCAAAAUGGAGAGAACGAGAAAUACUGGAAUCAUAUCAUGCACGGUCUGCUUGGAGGAGUUCCAGACCCCCAUUACCUAUCUGUCGGAGCCAGUCGACGUGUAUAGCGAUUGGAUAGAUGCCUGUGAAUCAGCCAAUCAGUAGCCCCCGUGGAGCUGGAUGACUUUGAGGAACUUGAAGAGGAUGGGGACGUGGCCCAAUAGGAUCCAGCCGGUCAGAGGACAUUUAGGAAACUUUUAAUUGUUCUGAGGUUUCCAUAUGGUCACUUACAGAGUUAGUUUGUGUGAACUGCAGCAAGUAGCGACACGACACAAUUUCGGUUUUGAUAUUUGUGACGUGACCGGAUUUGUCUUCACACAUUGAGCGGGGCUUUCUAUUUUCAAUAUACUUUUAUUUUUUUUAUUUUUUUUUUGUCUCAAAAAUCCUGUUUUUAAAUAGUAUUAUUCUGCAGGGUUCUGCUUACUUUUUUUUAACCGAUAGAUAUUUUUAAUUUUUUUUGUAUUUUUAAUAAGCGACCUGUAACGUAAGUGAAAGGGCUCCCAUCUUGGCAUUUUCAUGUGAAACCAAUAGAGAGUUAAAUCUUUUCGGGUAGCAUUACAAGAGAGAGACCUGUGUGGAUCUCAUUAUCAUACACUCUGACAGUUCAGGCGUGACGUUACAGGUCGUGUCCACAGUCGUCCUCCUCAUAAAGACAUUUGUGUCAUAACAUUGGGUCAUUCCACUGGUUCGAGGAACGGGAAUGUGUGAGAUUUACGCUAAGCUGCUAAAACCAAAGGUUUUGAACUGUUCUUGAAUCAUUCAGUUUGUCAUUUGAUUGUAUCUUUUGGGCUUAUAUUUUCAAAUAAAAAAAAAAAUCACAAAAAAACAAUCAAAUGAUCUCUAUUAUGAAGCGAAUAUUUACAGAAUAGUGUAAUCUUAUCCUGAAAUCAAACGUUGAUAUUGACUGUUUAUUUUCCUAUGCAGCAACCAAUAGUAUUGAAAAGCAGGCUGCUUUUCAAUACAAUGUAAUACACUUGAUAAGUGUGAUCUUGGAAAUAAAGAAGCAAUAAGACUUGAUACCA